UGGAGGUAGUGAAAAAGAUUUGAGACUAAAGUGUCAAAGAAGUAGUAGUAGUAACAGACAUGACAAACAUGAAGAAUAAAUUUCUCUCUAGCUUCCCAAGAAUAACAUUUCCUUUUUGAUAUUAAACUCAGCCUCGCAUAAUCUCCUCUGCUUUUACCCUUUCUGAACUCUGCUACAGGGUUUAUCUUCACUUAUCAGCCUCCCGAGGAGAGCCAAUGAACGGAAGGCAGAAUUGCUCAGUCUGUUUCCUCAGUGUUCGCCCAGGCUCUCAGCACAGGAAGCCUAGUGCUCUGAAAAGUCAGAAGGAGGAACCUCUUCAGCUUUGAGGAGCCAGUUGAUCAGGAGCAUGCACAGCUAGAAGAGAGGAGUUGGAAAGGGAGAGAAGAAACGCUUGACACUGACUGCUGAGGGUGCACUGGCAGGCAAUAAACGCUCCCCAUGACCACAGUUAGGUUGGUGUCGGGAUGGAUGGAGUGACGGAGCUGCCUAAGGCAUGAAAGCAGGAACCAACAUGAAGAUUUCUGGGAAGACUGUGUAUAUGUUUGUGCUGCUCACCAUCAUUGUUAUGAGAUCAGGAGGGAACAACGAAGUGUCAGUGACCGUAGGUGACAGCUCAGUGCUCGCCUGCCCUCUCAAAUCAAAUAUAAAUAUGCUAACAUGGAAAAUAUAUCCCAAGGCUGGAGGCCCCUGCAACUUGGGCUACAGGGCAGAUACGAACACAACAGACAGAACAAACUGCAGUGACAGCAUGAACUGGAAAUUCAGACCAGAUCUGGGUCCUGUGCUUGAGAUACAGUACGUGGGGGUAGCCCAGGAGGGAAAUUACAUCUGUGAAGUUGUAACACCAGAAGGGAAUUUCCACAGGACAUACCACCUGACCGUGCUGGUGCCCCCAAGGCUGAGCCUCUUCUGUGAUGAGCACGGGAAGCCCGUGUGCGAGGCAGCGGCAGGGAAGCCGCCUGCUCAGGUCUCGUGGCUCCUAGAGAGCAACUCCUCCCUUGAGGAAGAAAGCCACAACAAUGGGACAGUGACUGUUCUCAGCAGGUUGACAGCAUGUGACACCAACGUGACUGACACAACCUGCAUGGUGUUCCACCCAGCUGGGAGCUGGAGUAAGUCCAUAGCCUGUUGUCCCUCAGACAAAAAGAACUCUAUCCUGUAUGUCUCCAUUACCCUUUGUCUUCUGAGCAUUAUGACCUUCAUGGCUGUCAUUUACUACAUCAAGCUCCACAGUAAUAGACUGUGCCACAAAACCACACCUCCUGAAACUGAUCCUAUACAGAAUGACACGAUGGAAGUGGAACCUUAUACUACUUACGUGCAGAAGGAAAACGUAAUUUACAACUCAGUGUCUGAUCUGACAGUGGGGCAGAAUCUUCCACAAGAACUGUGUCCCGAAACAUGAACAAUUCAACAACACUGGAAAAGGAAAGACGUACUUUAUAAAAGACUGGUUAUAUAGAGAAACUUCUCAGAGGAUUUCUUCAGAUUUUAGGGCAGCAUAGCUCACUAGGUCUGUUCAGACACCUGUGCUUGCUGAUGAGUCUUUAUAGGUCUAUUUUUUUCCCUCUGUUUUGCUUUCUUCCUUGGGAAGGGAAGCAGUGAUAUUCCUUGCAAAAAUGGAUUGACCCCAUAACAGUUUUUCCUGGAAUAGAUGUUGUGACCAGUGUUCCCUUUACUGUUUUUGCCCUGGAGGUUCUAGUUUUGUCAGUCACUUCUAAAUGUAACUUUGAUACACUUGACACUAUGAUGCACACAUUUGGGAGACCAGAGGAGUGUUAUUUCUGAACUAAAAUGAAACACUCUUCAAUCAGCAGCCACCUUUUUCUAAUUCACACUUUACUAACAUAGUGACCCAAGUACCGAUCAUCACUGAAUACCUCAAAUAGCAGAAGAUAUUGGUAGGGAAGACCCAGUUCUGAAAAUGGAAAUUAGUGAUAAAUUUAAAAGAUCAUUCACUAAGAAAGAGUCUUCACUAACAUGACUAAUUUACUUGUUAGUUUCAUAUUCAAUAACUCAGGAUACCAUUA